AUGGCAGACGCGGUAGUCCAAUUGCGGUGCGGCGUCAAGAAUGACGACUGGGGGAAGAAGGGAAAGGAGUCGAUUGUCGCUCAAUUAUGGUCGAAAUCGCCUGGGAGUGAUGGAAUCGACGAGUCCAAACACUACUCUGAGAUGUGGAUGGGCACUUACCCGUCGAAUCCAUCGUAUCUCUUGUCCACGGGCGAACAGCUGGGGGAUUACAUCAAGAAGAACCCCCAGCUGGUGGGCAAGUCAGUCCUGGACCGAUGGGGACCUGAGAUCCCAUUCUUGCCCAAGAUCCUCUCCUUCUGCAAAGCACUACCUCUCCAAAUCCAUCCCGACUUGAAGCUCGCCGAGAAACUACACACAGAAGACCCCAAGAAAUACGGCGACACCAACCACAAGCCCGAAAUCGCAGUCGCCCUCUCCAAAUUCGAGCUCUUCGCCGGCUGGAAGCCACUCAAAGACAUCCAAGCCCUCUUCACCCUCAAACCGCUAGAGCAAUUCGUCCCCAACAAGUCAACAACCUUCGACGACGAAACCCUCCGAAAAAUAUGCAUGGCUCUCCUCAGCGCCCCUCCCAAUGAAGUCGCCACCACAAUCAAAGAGCUCCAAAGUCUACCGCAGUCUCAAUUCGGCGCAGAGCCCUAUAUCCCGGGUCUGCUGGACCGCCUGAGCAAACAAUACACCGACACGGACAACGGCAACCUCGUCGCCGCCCUGUUAAUGAACUAUCUCACCCUCGGCCCGGGAGACUCCGUCUUCGUGCCCGCAGAUAGUAUCCACGCCUACCUCGAAGGCGACAUAGUCGAGUGCAUGGCCCGCUCGGACAACGUAAUCAACACCGGGUUCUGUCCCGCCGCGAUGCGCGAUAGCGUCGAGCUCUUUGGGCAAGCGCUGACGUUUGUCCCGCACGAUGCGCAGGGGGCAUUAUUACCCCGACGCAAGAGUGAUAAGGGGAUGCAGGGCCGCACGGAUGUGUAUGCGCCGCCGAUUAGUGAGUUCGCGGUGCUUGUUACGACGCUGGGGGCGGGCGAGACGGAGACGCAUAAGGCGAUUUUGGGCCCGAGUCUGUUGAUUGUUACCAAAGGGUGCGGGUCGAUGAAAGUUCCUGGGAGUCGGACGCUGGAGUUGAAGGAGGGGUUUGUGUUUUUUGUUGGACAGGGGGUUGCGUUGGAUUUUGGGACGGAGAAGGGGUUGGCGGUUUACCGCGCGUAUGCUGAGUAG